GGCCGGGGGCUUCCUCCCUCCCCGGGGAUAACCCAGCUGCCUCCCGGCCGCGCUCCCAGGACGUCACGUGAGCGCGCGGAGCCCCGCCUCCCGCGGACGUCAGCGAGCUCCCCGGCGUCGCGCUGAAGAAAGGAUGCUGUGGCAUGCUGGCCAGGUGGGCGCCGCGCGGCCCCUUGCGGCUCUGCAGGAUUAACUAGCAUGGUCAAUGCAGGGGUCAUGAGUGGCUCUGGAAACCUGAUGGAUUUCCUCGAUGAACCCUUCCCUGAUGUGGGAACCUAUGAAGACUUCCAUACCAUUGACUGGCUGAGGGAAAAGUCACGGGACACCGACAGACACAGAAAGAUAACCAGCAAGAGCAAGGAGUCCGUCUGGGAGUUCAUCAAGAGUUUGCUGGACGCUUGGUCGGGAUGGGUGGUGAUGCUGUUGAUUGGGCUGCUGGCUGGCACUUUGGCUGGCGUCAUUGAUCUUGCUGUUGACUGGAUGACGGACCUGAAAGAGGGGGUCUGCCUGUCUGCCUUCUGGUACAGCCAUGAGCAAUGUUGCUGGACAUCCAAUGAGACCACCUUUGAGGACAGAGAUAAGUGUCCCUUGUGGCAGAAAUGGUCAGAGCUGCUGGUGAAUCAGUCAGAGGGUGCCAGUGCCUACAUUCUGAAUUAUUUGAUGUACAUCCUGUGGGCACUACUCUUCGCGUUUCUGGCUGUCUCCUUGGUGCGAGUUUUUGCUCCAUAUGCCUGUGGCUCUGGUAUACCAGAGAUAAAGACCAUUCUGAGUGGCUUCAUCAUCAGAGGCUACCUGGGGAAGUGGACCUUGCUGAUCAAGACGGUCACCUUGGUGCUCGUUGUGUCCUCUGGCCUGAGCCUUGGGAAGGAAGGACCACUAGUGCAUGUGGCUUGUUGCUGUGGCAACUUCUUCAGCAGCCUUUUCUCCAAGUACAGCAAGAAUGAGGGCAAGAGGCGGGAGGUGCUUUCAGCUGCAGCUGCUGCUGGAGUCUCCGUGGCCUUUGGUGCUCCCAUUGGGGGUGUGCUGUUCAGUCUAGAGGAGGUCAGCUACUACUUUCCCUUGAAGACCUUGUGGAGGUCAUUUUUUGCUGCCCUUGUGGCGGCCUUCACACUUCGAUCCAUCAACCCCUUUGGGAAUAGCCGCCUGGUUCUCUUUUAUGUGGAAUACCACACACCCUGGUACAUGGCCGAACUAUUUCCCUUCAUCCUGCUUGGGGUUUUUGGAGGCUUAUGGGGCACCCUCUUCACCCGCUGCAACAUUGCCUGGUGCAGGAGGCGCAAAACUACCAGGCUGGGAAAGUAUCCAGUAUUGGAGGUGAUCGUAGUGACAGCCAUCACUGCCGUCAUCGCCUACCCCAACCCCUACACACGCCAGAGCACCAGUGAGCUCAUUUCUGAGCUGUUCAACGACUGUGGGGCCCUUGAGUCCUCCCAGCUCUGCGACUACAUCAAUGACCCCAACAUGACUCGGCCUGUGGAUGACAUUCCAGACCGACCUGCAGGGGUCGGGGUUUACACGGCUAUGUGGCAGCUGGCCCUGGCACUGAUCUUCAAAAUCGUCAUUACUAUCUUUACCUUUGGCAUGAAGAUCCCCUCUGGCCUCUUCAUCCCCAGCAUGGCGGUGGGAGCCAUGGCGGGUAGGAUGGUAGGAAUUGGCGUGGAACAGCUGGCUUACCAUCACCACGACUGGAUCAUCUUUAGGAACUGGUGCAGACCCGGAGCAGACUGUGUCACACCAGGACUUUAUGCUAUGGUGGGAGCUGCAGCCUGCCUAGGAGGAGUGACCAGGAUGACAGUGUCACUGGUGGUCAUCAUGUUUGAAUUAACAGGAGGUCUGGAAUACAUUGUGCCCCUGAUGGCAGCAGCCGUGACCAGCAAGUGGGUGGCUGAUGCCUUUGGGAAGGAAGGCAUCUACGAGGCCCACAUCCACCUGAAUGGUUACCCAUUUCUGGAUGUGAAGGAUGAGUUCACCCACCGGACCCUGGCUACUGAUGUGAUGCGGCCUCGGCGAGGAGAGCUGCCGCUGUCAGUGCUCACCCAGGACAGCAUGACUGUGGAGGAUGUGGAGACACUCAUCAAGGAGACAGACUACAAUGGCUUCCCUGUGGUGGUUUCCAGAGACUCGGAGCGCCUUAUUGGGUUUGCUCAGAGAAGGGAGCUGAUCCUGGCAAUAAAGAAUGCCAGACAGAGGCAGGAGGGCAUUGUGAGCAAUUCCAUCAUGUACUUCACAGAGGAUCCCCCUGAGCUUCCGGCCAACAGCCCCCACCCCCUGAAACUGCGGCGCAUCCUGAAUCUGAGCCCUUUCACAGUCACAGACCACACACCCAUGGAGACGGUGGUGGACAUCUUCCGGAAACUAGGGCUCCGCCAGUGCCUGGUGACUCGGAGUGGGAGACUUCUUGGCAUCAUCACGAAAAAGGAUGUUCUGAGACACAUGGCCCAGAUGGCAAACCAGGACCCUGAAUCCAUCAUGUUUAAUUAGCAACAAGGUGGCAGUUAUUUGGAGCAAAGCACUGGCCAUAUCAUUUUGAAAGGAAGAAACAAAUGAUAUGUUAUUAUCCCAAUGAAAGAUCAUGCACCAGAGGCAUCAGAAACAGAAGCUUGGUUUAAAAAGAAAGAAAAAAAGACAAGACUUUUUUUUAAAAGCAAAACGAUUAAUAAGUAGGCAUUUGAUAGCUUUAAUCCCUGUGAGUUGCAAGUGUGUUUGCUAAGGAGUUUCCUAACUGCUUUGGGGGCAUGGGGGUAGGUGUAAGUGAUGUGGAUUUUGCAAGGACAUGGAACACACGUGCUGAGUGGAGAAGCUUUGACAUCCUUCUACUCAAGGCUGAUGUUUGCAACUUGAGAACACAUGUGAAGCUUUGAGUCCAAAAGACAAAGGGGUAUUGGCAUGUCCUGAUUUACUGGUUUCUGGCAUUUUGCUGCUAUGUUUCUGAAUCAUAGUAAAAAACAUUUGCAAUUUGUUGGAAAAGAAAAAGAAAUCAAAGUUGCACACGGCAAGCAUGUCCCAGUGGGUCUGUUCGUGACCAUUCUACUUCUUGCUCCUGCUUUUGCCUGUUGUUUUGCUUCUUCAUUCAUUUCUGAACCAACAUCAGAGGUGUGUGCCCACCAUAAUGAGUAUGAAGAAGUCAUGUAAGAUCAGCAUUUUGGGACUGAACAGUGAACUAUUGAAGAAUGUAGUACUCUGUGGAGUUUCCUCUCAUGCAAGGGGACACAUCCUUACUUUAAAGGGACGCAAAACCCAUAAUUGAUUUGCAUCUUUAUUGUUUCAUUUAUUUAUUGCUGUUGCCUGUACCUUCUUAAAUAUUGACCAGUCCAGUACUUUCCAUGGUUUGUGGCCUGUAUGCUCCCAGCUUGCUGUAGUGUAUUUUAAUUACCAAGCAACAUAUGCAAGUAGAACUAGCUCCACAGUAUUGCUACUUAUUUUUCCCCUCAGGUCUUUUCAGAUAAGGCUGUGAAGAAGGUGAGGCAUAUGAAUUCUCAGUGGGAACUCCUCCAAAUGGAUUGUAAGAGAAAUACUAAAUUGAUUCUAAAUAUGUUCCAUUUUCCUCUCUGUAGGAUGCAAACGGUCCAGUCUUAAUCUCUGGCAUGUGCUUUCAUACUAGCAAUCACAGCACAGAAGGACAGAGUUACAUUUUGUACAGCCAACUGAAGCAUUAUACAUCUUUGUAUUGGAACUUAAUGACAGUUUUAGUCAGUACUUGUGUCUUUUCCAUGGGAAAGAAUCACCUGUUUUAGGCCCAUGGUAUGAUCUGCCUAAGAUUUACCCCUCUUGCCUCUGCCCUUAGUCCUUGUACCUCCCCUUUCACUGCAUCAUCUCCCCCUCUCCAACCUCAGCACCGCUGGACACUGCACUGACUGUAAAUAACAGAGAUCCCAACCAGUAGCAUGGGCUGAGUAUGACAUUGGGAGAUGGCUGUCCCACGAAUGACUGUCUUAUAUCACUAGGGAUUCAAAUCCCACCUAUUUUUUUCCACCCUCCUUAUCCUCUGUCCUUUGGCUUAUUGCCUCAUAGUUGCAAAAUAGUUCUCAUGAUAGCAGGUGUCAUGUGUGCUUUCUACCUGAGGGAGAAAGGUACAAUGUGUAUGGGCAGAAAGCAAAGCUUUCCCCAAGAUGCUCACUCAGCAUAUAACCGUUGGUUGCAGUUCUGUCACAUGGCUUGCUCCAGCUCCAUGUGAGAAUGGGAAGGAAAAUUUUGAGCUAGACACAUUACUUUCUGAAUGAAACUUUGAUUCUUUUUAAUAAGGAAGGGGGAUUGGUUCUUGGUAGGGGAACAUAUCUACCAUAUUAAAUUCCAUCAUUGUGUCCCUGCUCUGCCCUUCAUGUCUUCUUUACUCUUCUGUUUUUCAUGCCCCCCGAUAUUCUUCUAACCUUCCUUUGCUCAGACUUCAUAUAGAAUUCCCAAGCACAAUCCAUUUCUUAACUCUAAUGAGAAUGAACAUUUUGGAUAAAAACCUAGCUACAAGUGGGUUAAUAUGAAUCUUCUAAUUGUUAUGAGAAAUAUGUGGAUUUUAAAAAUUAUGUCAGAUCAUACUAUGGAAAACUGUAGUUCCAACUAUGUAUUCCUGUAAUUAAUCGGCAUACUCUAAAAUAAAAUCAAUUAGCCACUUUG